GAUGUGGCAGCAUGCAGAGGCAACAUAUAAACUGUAUGUGGCACUGGGUGUUGCCUUCAUUGCAUCAUGUUUUCUUCCCGGUACAGUCUUGUUUACAAUUAUUGGUUUGCUCCUUGGAAUCAAAUUUUUCAUUGUUAACAAUAUUUACCGGAAAUUCCCCAAGGUUCAACAACGUUAUGAUACUGUAUUCAAAAUUUGGAAAAACUUGCCGACCGAUGAUGUGCUGAUUAAAAGAAUGAGAAUGGCUGAGAGAGAACAGUAUAUUUUACCAUCUUCAACACCAACUGUGGAAGAAGCACCAGUUACUCCCAGUCCUGUCACAGCAAGUGUAUUGAGCAACGAAAACCAAGCAUUCUGUCAGUUGUUUGCACUGCCUUCAUCAGAAGCACCUUUACCAGAUUGGCAAGGUGGAAAGCGAUGUACAUUGAUCAGCAAAGAAAAACCCCUAACAGGUGCCUUCAAGAAUGGAAAACUAUUUCUUACAAGAAGCUUCCUUUGUUUUGAAAGAUCAAAGAAUCCAACGCCAAAGAAUCUAGUUAUUCCAUUGACGGAUAUUACGUCCUGUGAAAAGGCAAAACCAUAUGGAUUUUUACCCGGAGGUGGAAUGGCUAUUGAAAUUAAUGUUGUUGGAUCCACCCAGUCAUGUUAUUUAUUUGGAGCAAUGAUAAACCGUGAUGAAUCGUUUGAGAGCAUUAUGAGAGCAGCUAGACAGGCUUGCCUCGCAUGGGCUGUAGAGGAAACAGACACAACAUAACAUCAGGGUUAACAGUAUGACCAUUACUACAGCUAGACAGGCUAGCCUUGCGUGGGUUGUAGAACAAAACAAACAUCGGUGAUAAUAUUAUCCCUAUAACAGGUACACUGGCACACUUUGUGAGCUGCAGAAAAAAAAUACAGAACACAUCAUGUCAGUGAUAACUGUAUUAUCACUAUAUGAGUUACACAGGCUUGCCAUGCAUGGUCUAGAAAAAAACUCGCACAUAACACAACUUCAAUAAUAAGCAUAUGCUCUCUUACUUUAGCGACUAAACAGGCUUGUCUUGCGUGGUAUGAAGGAGAAUCAACACAUCCGCAAUACAUACACUGUUGUAGCAUUUGUGCUACUUGAAUUAAUAUUACUUCAAGUGCAGGAUUCAACAAUGCAUGGUGGAAGGUGUUUUAAUGAACAAGAUAUCUAGUCUACUCUCAUAUUCCAUGAUCAGAAUAACUGUAACUGUACAUCAUGCGAUCAAGUGAUUCAUGACAAUUGUUGACAAUGAUCAUUGCUACACUAAGGUCACACUUUAAAUAUAACUUCAGUGCUGUAUAUCAUGCAUUCAAUAUUGUUUCUGCUGGCUGCUUCCAUUGCAUAGGGAUGUUUAUGGUCACAGUCUUAAUGAUUUGUACAUCAUAAGGCAUUGCAACCGUUACUCGUACUGGGCUACAAGUGGUAACUACAUUUUUUACACAAAAUUGGACCACACGAUGCACAGUAUCUGUGGUACUUAAAUACACAAUAAUCUUGUAAUGAAUUCUAGGUUUUUUUUUUUUAUUUUCAUGAAUUUAGCAAAUGCUUUUGAAUCAAUCUGGCUUGCUCUGUGUGUAGCAGUUAACAAUAUUAUAUAAGAAAAUUAAUAUUGAUUUUUAUAUGUAGUAUUGAUUCAAAAGUUGACAUAUUCUACAUACAUGUACGCAUCUAUUCAUAUUCCAGGGCUAUUGUUACACAUGAAUUAUAUUCGAUAUUGUAUGUCACAUAUUCAGUAACAAUGGGUUUAGUACUUGUGUAAUCACAUAUUAAACUCUUUCUUAUCUAAUAGUACAGUUGAACUUCAUUUAUGGAACACAAAAUUACCUUUCAUGGUCGAUAUUACUAAUUCAUAAGAACAAAUUUAGGUCACUUCCAAAAAUGUGGAUGAUUUAGUUUUGACUGAUACGUCCAUGGUAACCAUAGUCGCUGUGUUAACUAUAACAAAUGAACGAGAACUGCCUUAUUUGAAUUGAUGAUGUCAUUUCAAGUAUGUUUUGUACUAUCAAAUAUAUAUGAUUAACAAAGUUAAAAGUUACAACUGUGUUUAUAGUCUUCAGAUGUUUUUAAAACAUUGCAGUUUAUUUGGUUGACACUUAAUAAAAUUUGUUUAAAGACGUAUUGUAAAAUUUAUAUUUUAGAACAGGUUACAUAGUGCUGAUAGGAUUUCCACGCAGACAAAUUUAUAAUUUAUAAUGAUUUAUUUCUCUACCGUUACCAUUCAGAUCCUGGUACGACAUAAUACCCUAAGCACUGUUUACAUCAUAGUAUAGCUCAUCAACUUGAGCCUUGGAUAUUUUUUUUAUUACUAUCACGAUGUUUCGCUUAUUUUAUUAUGGUUUAUAUUGGGUUAGCAUCUCCUUGUACUCUGAUAUGAAGUUUCAGGAACCAGGAAUCGAAUUAAACUCGAACACACACUUAGAUGUUUUAUAAUUCUUAUUGCUAAUAUAUACCCAUGUACUUUUCCAUUUUGUAUUCCUAAUUUGCAUCUCUCUAAUCCACGUUUAUACGCUGUACCAGUCGAGUUUAUAUUCUAUUUGUCUUACCCUUAAUAAUAACUUCCGUUCCUACAUAGUAAUAAAUGCGCAACUACUUACAAGAUUAUUCCUGUUUGCCAACCAAGCCUUAACAUCUAACAGUCGCACCAAUCUGAGAUCAACGUGUUUGAUUUUUUCGAUGUAUCCAAUUUCGCUUUGUGGAUAUACUUUGAUUAAACUGUCCCUACGUGAUCACACAUUGUACCCAUGCACAGUAAUAUAUGUAACUUUUCUUUAUUACCGAAGAAGUAUGUUCAGACAAUAGUUGUCUACUUAAUGUAUACAUGCGUAACACAUUUUUACUGGUAUAAGUAUGCUUUUGCUAGUGUUUAUUUAGUAUUUGCAUUACAAUUUGAAUUGUAAAUCGAAUACAGUUAAAAAAGAUGAACGGUUUUAGAUCAUUUUGUGAGCUAUUUAUGAGUAACAGCUUCGAUUAUAUAAUUAUAGUUUAUUUUAGUUUACAAUCAUGGUGUUAUGGUUUAAUAAAAAAAAUAUAUUUUUAA